AUGGGGGUUCUUCAAAGGUGCGGAACAACCAUAAAACGUUAUUACUGUGGUUCUCUUUUUGGAACAUUGCUGACUGUGUUCUUCAUCCCAGUUCAUGCUUGCCCCAAAAUCUGCCAUUGCACAGAGCGAAAUGGCAUGAUAGUGCAGUGCACGUCACGCAACCUGGACAACAUCCCCAACAACUUGCCGAAGGAUACCGUGGUUCUCUUGCUCUCAUCGAACCAGAUCAGGGACAUCUCUAUAGAUGCCUUUACUGACCUCCACCGGCUCAGGGAGCUUGAUUUAUCCCACAACUCUCUGCAGAGCGUGGAGACCGGUGCCUUUCAGGGAGUUUCAGACAGCCUGCGGACUGUAGACCUUUCAAACAACCAGCUCAGCAGCCUCCCGAAAGACACGUUCACCAAGCUGCACGCCAGAGUCCGGCUCUCCCACAACCCCUGGCACUGUGACUGUUUGCUCCAGGAGGUUUUGAGAGAGCUAAGGCUCGACCCUGAGACCGUCAACGAGGUCAUCUGUCACACCUCGGUGCAGGAGGAGUACAUUGGACAGUCGGUGAUCCAGGUCCUGGACUCAGGGAUCAACUUUUGCAACUUCCACCACAAAACAACAGAUGUGGCUAUGUUUGUGGCCAUGUUCUGCUGGUUCUUCAUGGUGACAGCUUAUAUUGUUUACUACAUCAAACACAACCAGGAGGAUGCCAGGAGGCACAUGGAGUACCUCAAGUCCCUGCCCAGCACUUCCCACAUCAGCAAGGACUAUGACACCGCAAGCAGCGUGUUUUAGUGCCAAGAAAGAGAGGAAACAUGCACCUCUGAAUAGAAACGAAAUGAACAUAGAGU